GUGCGGGCUCAGUUCGACAAAGCUCGUGUCACCUGGGAAAGCAAGGAACGAGAGCUUGAGGUACUCGUACGCACCCGAGACCGGCUAGUGACAUCUCUGAAGAACGAGAUCGAACUGGUCGCGGAGUCCUGGGAGGUAAAGUACGAUAAGCUUCUGAGCCUGUUCGACAAGCUGCAGAAGAAGUACGACGAGUUGCUGGGUCCCGGUGGACUUGCAGAGGCACUGAGGCGUGCACGCGAUCUCAAGGAAGAGAAUGUGGAAUUGACCAAGCAGACCCACGAACUCAAGGAGAUGAUCAAGAAGCAGAAGCGGCAAAUCCGAG